CCCCAAAAGCACUGCAGGGAAAGCAGAGGAAGGCCACCCCACCCACACCCAGUCCGAGAGUCUGGAGACCUAAGUGCCAAGCUCCACCACAGGAUCCUGGCCGUUGUAGACACCUGAGCUGGGACACACAGAACAGGAGCAUGGCCAGCCUGCAGACCUCGCUCCUGGCUGCCUUCAUCCUCCUUGCUAUGGCACUUCAAGCAACUGAGGCAGGUCCUUACGGAGCCAAUGUGGAGGAUAGCGUCUGCUGCCGGGACUACAUCCGGUACCCGCUGCCCCUGCGUGUGGUGAAAUAUUACUACUGGACCUCGCAGUCUUGCCGGAGGCCUGGAGUGGUCUUUGUAACCGGCAAGGGCCGGGAGAUCUGUGCUGACCCCAGCCUGUUCUGGGUGAAGAAAUUUGUCCAGAUGGUGAACUAACGAGGAAAGGUCCUUCCCUGAUGACCAUGGCCUUGGCUCCUCCAGGAAGGCUCACAGAGACCUACCUCCCUGCUAUUACAGCUGCUCCCGAGCACAACCCUGUGCCAACGACUCUCUCUGCCCUCCUCGAUUCCCACCCCUGCCGCUGUCACCCUCCACAUUGUCUUACCCUCCAACCCACUCUGUGCCCCCUCGCGUAGCCAGAAGGUCCACAAUCCUGGUCCGUCACACCCUUGCUCAAAAUCCUUCCAUGGCUCCCGUUGGCCUGGGCUGAGGUCAGAGCUCCUGAGCCUGGCAUCCUGGUCCUUGAGAUCUGGGUCCCAAGCCUGUCUCCAGCCCUGCCUCAUUUCCAUUUACGCACGUUGGACUCCACCUCCCUAUUCUCCAAGCUCCAAAUGCCACACAUUUCUAUUUCUGGGUCUUUGCCCAGGCGGCUCCUGACACCCAGACUCUUUCCCCAUCACUUACACAUGCCCAACCCCACCAACCCUCCAAGGCAUUGCUGAGCCUAAGAAGCCAGUAACUGAAAGCAGCGUUCAGAAUUCCCCUGGCCCUCUGCCCCUUCUUAACUGUCCUCGUCUCAGUCCGCCCAGAAUUCUUGGGACCUGGGGGCUCAUCCUCCAGCCUCACUGGCUGGACCAAGGUUCACAUCUGAGUUACCUUUGUCUCCUGGCCUCCAGCACAGAGCACAGGGCCUGGCUCAGAAUCAGAGCUCAGCAAAUGGCUGUAGACUGAAUCCCUGAAAGGAAUGCCCCUCUCCCACCCCAUAAGGCCUUCACACAUCCACGUGGAGACUCAAGGUUAUUUGGGAAGAGCCAGCUGGGUCAAUCGUGAAACCUCACACUUUCCCAGAUUCACCUUUCUUCCCCAUUUUGCCUCUGUGUUGGGCCUCGACCCUUCUUACUUCCCUCGGGUUUUUACUGUUCCUCCAAACUCCAACACCCAGUCUGAACUCUGCAGAGUCCUUCUUCCUCCUUCCACAAAUAACUGAUAACCAAAUUCGUGCGAUGGUGUGAAUGACACCCUUGGCUUGGUAGUGCAGCCUCUGGUUAUAUUUGUAUAUGAAAAGAGGGCAAAUGCUUAAGAGGUCAGAUGGAUGAGGGGAAGAAUUUUGGGAGCUAUGUGGGAGGGGGCAAAGGGGAUCUUUCCUGGCGCUGGGAGUGAGUUUGUGGGGCAUAAUUAAGUGAAAGAGCCUUGGGUGAACGUUGUUCUCAGAAGGCUGGGACCAGGCUAAGGAUUGGGACUUACCUGCCCCUCCUUGGGAACAAUACAUUCCCCAGGUAAAGGAAAUAAACUUUACUUGUGCUUGUCCCUUCCCAAGGGAGCCUAGUGCUGCUCAGUGGGGUGGUUGUUGCUGGGUGACCCUGAGGAGACCAUCUUACCUCUCUGAGCCUCACCUGAUAAUGAGAAUACCCACUUUAUGGGGUUGCUGUGGGACUCAGGUCCAAGGCAUGGGGAAUCACUUUGCUAGACAUAAAACUCAGUGUCUUCCUGGGCCUGUGUCCCCCUGCAGCCCAGGGUCAUCUGCCUGCCCCAGCCACUGGAAGUGUUAACCUGCCUGCUGCCCAUGUACAAAACCCUCAAAUGUCCUUGGGUCCCCUUGCCCUCCUGUUCUGCCCUUGCU